CUUGGAUGCAGCUGCUUAGCCAUGGAAACCCAUUCAAUGAAGCUCUCUACACACUGUUGUGCUAAUCUGAAGGCCACACAAAGUUUUGAGGUCCUUAGCUCUUUACUCUGCAGACAGUUGGCAACUUCUGCGCACUGUGCUCUGUCAUUUUACGUGGCCUACCACUUCAUGGCUGAGUUGCAGCUGUUCCUAGUGGCUUCCACUUUGUUAUAAUACCACUAACAGUUGGCCACGGAAUAUUUAAUAGCAAGGAAAUUUCAUGCAUGAACCUCUUGCCAUUCUUUCACAAAUGUUUGUAGAAGCAGUCUGCAU